AGCACUCGAUACUAUGACAACUUAGUAAACAAUUUUAUUGUAAUCGAUCACCAAACACGAGUAGACGACGCGCAGAAAAAAAUCGAUAAAUCUGACAAAACUACCUCUUAGAUCAAAAGACGCAAGUUCCCAUUUGUGGAAACAAAUCGUCGGCAUUUCGCAAAAGUUUUUUCCUCAACUCUGUUUUUUAAGAUUCAACAAUGAAAAUCGAAGAAGUAAAAAGCACCGUUCGCACGCAACGAAUUGCUGCUCAUUCUCACAUUAAAGGACUCGGUCUGGAUGGAAAUGGUGUUCCGCUGCAGAUGGGCGCUGGACUGGUCGGCCAACAAGCGGCCCGAGAGGCGGCAGGCAUUGUUGUCGAUCUCAUCAAAUCAAAGAAAAUGGCUGGAAGAGCAUUGCUUCUAGCGGGACCGCCAGGUACUGGCAAGACAGCAAUAGCUUUGGCCAUCGCUCAGGAGCUGGGUAACAAGGUCCCCUUUUGUCCAAUGGUUGGCUCUGAAGUCUUCAGCAGCGAAAUCAAAAAGACCGAAGUUUUGAUGGAAAACUUUCGACGCUCCAUUGGACUGCGCAUUCGUGAAACGAAAGAAGUUUAUGAGGGCGAAGUGACCGAACUGACGCCGGUCGAAACGGAAAAUCCAAUGGGCGGAUAUGGAAAGACCAUUAGCAAUGUCAUAAUCGGUUUGAAAACAGCCAAGGGCACGAAACAGUUGAAAUUGGACCCAAGCAUUUAUGAAUCGUUGCAAAAGGAAAAGGUUGAAGUGGGCGACGUUAUUUAUAUUGAGGCCAACAGCGGAGCGGUGAAGCGACAGGGAAGAAGUGACACAUUCGCAACCGAAUUCGAUCUGGAGACAGAGGAAUACGUCCCGCUACCGAAAGGCGACGUUCAUAAAAAGAAAGAAGUGAUCCAGGAUGUAACAUUGCAUGAUCUGGAUGCGGCUAAUGCUCGGCCACAGGGUGGCCAGGAUGUUUUGUCAAUGAUGGGACAACUGAUGAAGCCAAAGAAAACAGAGAUAACCGACAAAUUGAGAAUGGAAAUCAACAAAGUUGUCAACAAGUACAUUGAUCAAGGCAUCGCCGAAUUGGUUCCGGGCGUCCUGUUCAUUGAUGAGGUACAUAUGCUGGAUCUGGAAACGUUUACAUAUUUGCACAAGUCAUUGGAAUCGGCCAUCGCUCCCAUAGUCAUAUUUGCUACAAACCGAGGCCGAUGCAUUAUUCGCGGCACAGAUGAUAUUGCCUCUCCCCAUGGCAUACCAUUGGACCUGUUGGAUCGUUUGCUAAUCAUUCGAACGCUCCCAUACAGCGUCAGUGAAAUUGAACAAAUCAUAAAAUUACGUGCUCAAACAGAGGGACUACAGCUGGAAGAAACGGCCAUCAGUGCUCUCAGCGAAAUUGGCAGUGCAACGACUUUACGAUAUGCCGUACAAUUGUUGACACCAGCAUUUCAAACCAGCAAAGUGAAUGGUCGCACACAAAUCACUAAGGAGGACGUUAAUGAUAUCAACGGUCUGUUCUUAGAUGCUAAACGUUCAGCAAAACAUCUUUCAGCGAAAGACAAUAAGUAUAUGAUGUAGAUGUAGAUUGAGUUUCCGUUCUUUAAUUAAAAAAUUCCAUGUG